AAAGAACCAGAUCUGAUCCGAUUUACAAUGGCUGCGCCUCACAAGGGAGAACUUACAGCAUCUGAGAGGAAAAUUUUACAAGUUAUUGAAGCUGGUGAUGUGCAGGAGGCGGCCCAACUGCUUGCGAAUGAUGAUGUACGAGUCAACUGCUUGGAUGAGUACGGAAUGACUCCACUGAUGCAUGCAGCCUACAAAGGCAAAGCCGAUAUGUGUCGUCUACUGCUGCAGCAUGGUGCUGAUGUCAACUGCAAUCAACACGAGUAUGGAUACACCGCUCUCAUGUUUGCUGGAUUGUCAGGCAAGACGGACAUCACUUCCAUGAUGCUGGACGCCGGCGCAGAGGCAGACCUUGUGAACUCAGUGGGUCGCACUGCAGCUCAGAUGGCGGCUUUUGUGGGCCAGCACGACUGCGUGACGGUGAUCAACAACUUCUUUUCACUGGCAAGACUGGAGUACUACACCAGACCUCAGGGGCUGGAGCCAGAGCCAAGGCUGCCUCCGUGGCUAGCAGCACCCCUGCACAAAAUCAUUAUGACGACCAACCUCAACCCAGUCAAGUUGGUCAUGCUGGUGAGGGAGAAUCCCGUUCUGGUGGAUGUUGGAGCGCUGGAGAAGUGUUCCCAAGUGAUGGACCUGCUGUGUGAGCAGUGUGUGAAGCAGCAGAACAUGAACGAAGUCUUGGCCAUGAAGAUGCAUUACAUCAGCUGCGUGCUGCAGAAAUGUGCGACCUUCCUGCAGAAACAAGAUGACAAGUUGGAUGCGCUGGUAAAAAGCCUGCUGAGGGGGAGAGAUAGCGAUGGCUUCCCACAGUACCAGGAGAAGUUCAUUCGAGACUGCAUCCGCAAGUUCCCGUACUGUGAGACCACACUUCUUCAGCAGCUGGUGAGGAGCAUUGCACCGAUAGAGAUUGGCAACGACCCAACAGCGUUCUCAGUGUUAACUCAAGCUCUGACCGGGCAGAUGGCGUUCAUGGACGCUGACUACUGUGCUACAUGUGGAGAGCGGGCCGCUGACAAGAGGUGCUCUCUCUGUAAAGCUGUGACAUACUGCAGUUUGACGUGCCAGAAGCUCCACUGGUUCACUCACAAAAAGAUGUGCAGAGCGAUACAGGUUCAGAACGCAGACUUAGAAAGAGACGCACCACGACUGAAAGAGCUCAAAGAUGAUGAGAGCGACCUGGUGAUGGAAACAGCUAACUUCCUGCAGGAGUUGUGUCUGCGGGCAGAGGAGAAGGUGGCUGCCGCGGGAGGAUGCCCUGGAGAGCUGCUGGUCUGCCCAUCUGCACCCUCGGAGGAACCAUCCAGCUCUCAAAAAUAAAGCGAGACAACAAGGCACGCCCACAAUACUCUUCUUGUGACUUUUUACCCAUGUCAUGGCAGGAGGGUAUAAGUGUGUGCGCACCACAGACCACGACAAGAUAUUGUAUUGUUUGUGCGCUAGCGUACUUACACUUU